AUGUCACCUAGCAAAAGAAGUAAUAACGAUACAGAAUCAUCAGUGGAGCUGAAAAAAUUAAACACCUCUUUCAAUAAGAAAGACAUUCAUUCUUUUUUCAAUCAACAAAUCUGGGACACCAAAUUUCAAGAUGAUUUGAAAACAACCAUUGCCGAAUCACAACCAUAUAGAUGGGGCACCAUUAAAGGAUUAAUGGAUGAUACAUUGUUAAGACAAGUUAGAAAAGAAGUAUUGUCGGAAAUUGCCUUCACCAAAAAGGAAACUGAUAUUUAUAAAGUUUUCCAACUGGGUGAUUUGGCCAAUUUACUGGGAUUGGAUUGGGAUGAUUUACUGAGACUCCCUAGUUUAUAUAAAUUACGCGCUGGUAUUUAUUCUCAAGAAUUUAGAGAUAUCAUCAGUAAAGUAACUGGAUGUGGGAAAUUAAGUGGGAUUAAAACAGAUAUGUCAGUCAACACUUAUAGAAAAGGUUGUCAUUUGUUAACCCACGAUGAUGUCAUUGGUAGUAGAAGAGUUAGUUUUAUAUUAUAUUUACCUGAACCAGAUAAAACUUGGAAAGAAAAUUAUGGUGGUGCAUUAAGAUUAUUCCCUGCCAUUGUACCCAAUGUCCCCAAAACUGAUUUUAGUGCCAAGUUAGUACCUCAAUUUAAUCAAAUUGCAUUUUUCACCGUACAACCAGGAUUAUCAUUUCAUGAUGUGGAAGAAGUAAGAGUUGAUAAACAUAGAUUGUCAAUUCAAGGUUGGUUCCAUAUUCCACAACCAGGUGAAGAUGGAUACAUUCCAGGUGAACAAGAAGAAACCGAGGCAAGAUCAACAUUACAACAAUUACAAAGUAAAGAAUUACAGGAAUUUGAUUUUCCUAAACCUAUCAGAAAUGACUUUGAUGAACAACAAAUAGACAUCUUGGCAAAGACAGUAGAUAAUAAAUUAGAUGCAAAAGAUUGGGAAUAUUUAUCUGAAUUUAUCAAUCCACUUUAUUUGAAACCAGAAAAUCUUGAACAAUUGAAUAAAACUUUUGUGGAAGAAUCAGUUAUUGAGAUUAAUGAAAUAUUGAAAAAAGAAUAUGCCGAUAAUCUUAGAACCGUAAUGCGUGAUUAUGAAAUCAAUACCCCUGCUCCACAAUUGGCAUCUGAAGUAAAACAUCCAUGGAAAGUAGCUGUUCCUCCUCAUAAACAAAGAUUUUUAUAUAUUGAUGGUAAAUCACCCAUUGAAUUGACUGAAGCUGGUAUCAAUCUUGCUAACAGAAUAGGACCACAAGAAUUACCUAAUUUUAAAUUAUUGGCUGAAACUGAAACCAAUGAAGUAGAUCAAAAAUUAACUAAACUUGGUUCAUUUUUAAAAUCUAUGGCAUUUAAAAAAUGGUUGAAAUUGGUGACCAGUUUAAUAACCACUUCUGAUCAAAUUUUGAUUCGUCGAUUUAGACCAGGUCAAGAUUUCAUAUUGGCAACUACUACUGGGAACCAAUUGGCACGUAAUGAUCAAGAAGAAAAUGUGCUACUUGAAGCCACUUUGAAUUUAACUCCAACUGCUGCUAAUCCUAAAAAUUGGGAAUCAGGGGAAUUUGGUGGAUAUGAAUUAUGUAUGGCAGACAAAGAUGAAGAAGAAGAUGAUGAUCCAGCAAUUUACAAGACUAAUGAUCCUAAUGAUGAUAGUUUAUUAUUUACUAAUCAAUGUAAAUGGAAUUCAUUGACUUUAAUGGUUAGAGACCCUUCAGUGUUGAAAUUUAUUAAAUAUGUUAGUAUUAAUGCCAAAGGUUCAAGAUGGGAUAUUAGCUGUCAAUGGAAUGUUAAAACGGAUGAUGAUGAUGAUGAUGAAGAGGAAGGAGAAGAGAAUUAA